ACUAGGGUUUGAAGGGUUUCAUGGGCCAAACUGGUCGCCGGAUCCCUACUGUCUUCAACUAUAUCCUCUAGUUCGUGUUAGAUGUUCUGCUGUUUUAGAUUCCUCAAUCUAUAAACUGUCUUCUAUCUCUGAAAUCCAUCUCAACUUCCACAAAUCAACACUCAUCUACGGUCAAUUACCUCAUAAAUUCAUGUAGGUUUACUCCAGAAACUGCUAUCUCUGUUUCCAAUUACAUCAAUUUUAUAACCCUAAACCAACCAGAUUCAGUUCUCAACUUCCUCAAGAACCAUGAUUUCAGCAAAACACAGAUCUCCCCUCUCAUUAGAAAAUGCCCAAAACUUCUCUUCUCGGAUCCCAAGAAAACCUUUUUGCCCAUAUUUACUCCACUGGAAUUUCCAGCACUGAGCUUGUGAAGAUAUAGUAGCCACAAGCCCAACUAUAUCGAGACGAAGCUUGAAGAACCAAAUCAUCCCAUCCUUCAAAUAUUUUUUUUUAAAGAAUGAAGUAUUUCAUUCCGAUGAAUUUAUGAGGUAAUUGACUGUGAAUGAGUGUUAGGAUUUUUAUUUUGUUUUCUAUUUUUCCUGAAAGAGUGGAUCGAAACGAUGUACUGGACAGGUUUGUUUUCUUAUCUCCAUAAUUGUUGAGACCAGUCCACAUGUCAAGGCUGAAAACUCGGUAUGAAAUUACACAAACACGCGCGUGUAUAUAUGCAUAAUAAUAUUGCAUUAUCUUAAUAUAUUAUUUUGUUCAUUUAUUGGAUUGUCAAUUGCUGUUUUUAUCACAGGUGCUUCUUGGAGAUGCAUUGUUUCGCAGAGUGAUUGUAAGAUCAUAUAUACCUCCAUUUUUUUGGAUGUUACUUAGGAAUGCAUUAUCACAAAUAAUGUCCAUUUUAAUUGCAAUAUCAUUUAAUUGCAUAUUGGUUUUUCAUUUUCAAUUGAUAUGAUUUUAGACAUCCAAUGAAUUUGAAGGCAUAUUUUGGAGUUUCAUGGCAUUUUAAUGUUCGGACAUUAACUACUGCGUAUUGCAGAGAGAUGUUGCCAUAUUGACCAAGUAGUAAAAAAUGGGGCUGAGGCCUAGCUGUUUCACAGAUUUUUUGUGACUUACCCUCCUUGUCACAAGCAUAUGUAUUUUAUUAUCCCAAACCCAAGUUAUUAACUUGUAUAAAUUAAGAUCUGUUCUUCAAUAUCACGGAACACCCUCCUUGUCACAAGCAUAUGUAUUUUAUAAAUUAUCCCAAACCCAAGUUAUUAACUUGUAUAAAUUAAGAUCUGUUCUUCAAUAUCACGGAACAUCAUUGAACAACCGUACGGGCAUCUUUUGCGCAUUGCAUACGGCUUUUUUGAAUCCAAUCGUGAAUGUUAUGCCAGUCAUACCUGUGCUCUUCCUUCUCUUAGCCUUUGUUUGGCAAGCUGCUGUAAGUUUUCGAUGAGCGACUUUUUAACUCGUUUGAUUGCCAAAACACACAACCGACUCACUCAAUGUCUAUUGGGCGGCAAACUCUACACUCUCGUUAUUUUGUUUGUUUGACCUUAUUUAUUUGUUUUGAAAUUGAUGGCCUCAGUUGACAUUGAUAUUAAUGCAUCCUUUGAACAUAAGUUACUCUAUCUGGUUGUGAAGUGUAUACUGUGGAGAUGCUAUAAAAGUUCAUAUUUCUAUGCCAUUUUGUAUUGUUGGAAAAUCAGUUUUAUGUGUUAAUUCAUAGAAUGAAUUUGCCAUAUAUUGUAACUGAUGAUUUAAAGUUCUAAUAUUUUAUUAUGUUUACCGUUUUUAAAUGAAAUAUGAUUCUUUUAAUUUAUCAUCCAUGCUCUAUGUUUUUCCUUAUCACGUUUCAAUCUUUUAAAACCAUCAUUACAACAUUGUUCCUAAACAAAAUACAAUGACUAGGUGUCCACAUCAACAAAGACAACUUUCCACUGGAGUCCCAUACCAUUCCAGUGGAGAGUUCACUUCCCUUGAAAGCUAUCUUAGCAAUUUUUUCAGCUUAAAAUCACUGUGCAUGAAAUUUCUAACUUGUAAUUGGCGGCAUUGAUUAAAAACUAAAACCACUAGUAUAGCUUUGCAGAGGAAUGAUCGUAAAGAUUUUCAAAAAAUAGGCCACUGUCCGAUCACCAAGUUCCAGUUCGUCCAACUUGAUGUUUGCUAGGCUGGAUUUGGCUUAGGUAAAUAUUUAGAGCACUUUGUUGGCUGCAUUGCUUCUUUUAUGGCAUUUGAAGCAAAAAUUCAUAUCCUAAAACUGCUCCAAUAAAUUUGCUCAUCAAAAUGCUAAAUAAACUUUAAAUGUACUAUUCAAAUUCAAGUGGACAUCCCAUCAAUCUAUGUUUUAAAUUAGUUUGAACAUGUUAGUCUAGCCAAAGUCUAGCCUAAAGACAUUAUGCAAGAAUUAUGGUAUUAACACGACCAGUUAAUCCUUAGCACUGCCUAUUUGGCUUAGUCGGCUUUAGUAUGAACUUUGAAAUUUCUGAUGAGUUCAGACACAUUUGCAGGCAGUCCAGUUAGCAUGAACCUCUUAUAUACUGUAUAAACAUUCAUAUUGUUGUUGAUUUUAUCAAUGUGUUCAUGUAUCUUCAUUGGGAAGAGAGAUAAAGAGGAAGAGAUUUGUGGGUAACCAAUUCCUUUCCUUAAUGAAUCCAAAAAUUCCAAAUCCUUCAGCUAGGAUUUUUACAACAAUAAUUAAAUAAAAAUUAGCUUUUUCUGUUACCGAGUUAGGUUCAUAAGCAGACUCUAAAUACAUGUUUAUGUACACUUGAGAUCCUUCAUUUUGUCCUAUAUUUUCUUGUAAGGAAACAAAAUUAAAUUGUGUGUUUGUAGUAUGACUAAUCCUCUCAUCACAUCUCUCUCUCUCUCUUUUAUGAUGAUCUUAUUAAGAAUGGUCUGCAGGAUAAAGUAAUUUAAUUUACAGUAAUACAUUUUAUUUGGAUAAAUGCUGCCACCUCUUGUAAUGUAAUGUUGCAAGCUGGAACUGAUGAUAUAUGCAAACAGGACAAGAAGAUGAAUAUUUUUGGCUCUUUGCCUUGAUAAUUCCUAAGAAUUAAUAUGAACCAAUUAAAACAGUUUCAGAAACAAAGGAUCCCAUAACUUCUGCCUAUAAAUACCAUUCUCCGACCAUCAUCUUUCAUUAAAAGAAAUUCUUACCUCAACCAGCUCUCAACUUCAUUGCUCCAUAAUUAUAUAUCUUGAAACCUCGAGGCAAAUAAUGGGUCUCACCACUUUCACUGAGGAAUAUACCAACGCCAUUGCUCCGGCAAGGCUAUUCAAGGCAUCCAUCUACGACUCCCACAACUUGAUUCCAAAACUCAUGCCACAGGCUAUCAAAAGCAUUGAGAUCACACAAGGAAAUGGAGGGACUGGCAGCAUCAAACAAAUCAACUUUGUUGAAGGGAGCACUUUGAAUUAUUUGAAGUUCCGAAUUGAUGAGCUUAGUGAAGAGACGUUCACUUACAACUAUACUCUAAUUGAAGCUGAUCCCUUAAUGGAGAAGCAGAUUGAAUCAAUUGUUUAUGAGGUUAAGCUUGAGCCGGCUCUUAAUGGUGGAACUAUCUCUAAGAUGACAAGCAAAUAUUACACCAAGGGUGAUGGUGAGCUCUCAGAAGAGGUCAUUAAGGCUGGCAAGGAAAGGGCCAUGGGAAUGUACAAGGCUGUCGAAACAUACCUCUUGCAAAACCCCGAUGCCUAUGCUUAAUGUUCUUAUUUUGUAAACCAAUCUCAAUUGGUCCCCAAGUCUAUGUUGUGCUUUUGCAACUUUUUUUUUUUUAAGCUUUUGGUACAAUAAAUGGAUAAUGAUUUUUCUUUGUCACGAGAAAAUCUCUACCUUUGUCAUAGGAAAAAGAAAUAAAUAAGUGAAGUUCGGCGUUAGAGUUUAAACAA